AUUUGUUAUCGCCCUUCAUGAGAAAUGUUUUUGUCACUGGUUGCUCUAUUCACAUCAUGCACCAGCAUAUAAGUCAAUGGAUGCUUUUUGCUGACUUGAAACGGCGGAAGUCUUUUACUACGGGUUGGAAGGCAUUAUUUACCAUCCUCUUCUGCCUUAUCUGGCAAAGACGUAACAAGCUGAUAGAUGCAGAAGCUGGCGGGGAUAUGUCUACGGUGUUGGCAGGAGCAAAUGCUAUAAUGGGUUGUUCAGCAUUGACGGCAAAGCGACUCAGUGAAGCCAACACAGGAGGAGCAACAACUGGAGUGAUCAAUCGAGAUGGCUUAGAGAUGCAUGGGAAACCGGUAGUCAGUGUGGAUGGAGCCCACUCUCAUGCUCAGAACAGGACAGCCUGUGGUGGAGUCUUGCUCGCCGAUGACAAUGCUAUCAUGGAAGGAUCCUCAUUCAGAUUUGAAGGAGGCAACCAUCAAGCAGCGGAACCCUGGGGAUGUUUAAUGGGGCUAAAACGUGCUUGGGAAGAACGCGUGAGGCUGAUUGGAUGA